AUGAUAGUCAAUGAUUGUGACUAAUAGUAAAAACUAUCAUAACUGUUUGAGCAGGACUUUAGAAUCAUACUUUAUGCUUAAUAGUUAGUUUGUUAGUAGGCUUCAAAUGAACUUGCUAGUCUGAAAUGUUUCCAUGGCAGUAAACAUUACUGGUAUGGGUUGGUCUUGAAAAAUUGUCUUCUUUGUUGCAUACCUAAUACUAAGGUGGUAAUUAUUUCCAAAUGUGGAUCUUCUCCUAACUGAAAAAUACAUGUGGCAUCUUUUGUACUGCUCUGGCAAUUGAAAAAAUUGUUUAAAUAUUGGAGUACUCAUUUUAAACUCACAUUGUAAAGUUUUUAUUUUGAAAGACCCUAUCCCUGACAGGCUCUUUUCACAUGUGGUCUAUAAGUUUGUAUGUGCUGGCUGUAAUGCCUGUUACAAUGGGAAUGCUCUGCUCUUAGUUCCAAAAACCUCAGCUUUAGAUAUACAACAUUGGGCCUUGAAACUGUUUCUCCAUUUACAUUCAUAUUUGUUGUGAGAACAGUUCUAUAUCCAUUUACUUGGGAGUGUUUUAUUUGGGCCAUGAGCCCCUUCAGUGAUAAAGACACCCCUUUAUACAUGAAGCAAACUUAAGAAAAGUAGUCCUUUAGAGAUAAAUGGCAUCCCAAUUAUAGUCCAUUAUGGGAAUUAGCUUCAGCCCUUAAACUCCCAUGAUUUGAUUUUUUAUUCUCCUCUUUAGCUGAUUUUCAUUUCCUUGUAAAUUAGCCAUGAAAAUUUGUUGUUAGAUUAAGAUAGCAACAACUACCUGAUAAAUUGGAGUUUUCUCCUCACCUCUUUACUGGAUAAUGUAUUGAUAUUGUAGGAAGAAGUUACAUAUCAAUCACUUUUGGGAGUUUUAGGAUUAAAUGAUCCUUAUUAGAAAAUUCUACUGAGCAGUUUUCUAAGUUGUAUGACUUUACUUCUGUUACUGAACACAGCCUUGUGAUGCAACAUAGUACAGUACGACAAAAAGAUAAAGAAAGUGAAGUACUGUGAAGUCUUGCUGGCCCAUUGCAAGCCUUUGUGGACAGUGGAAAGAGAGUGGACUGAGUGCAAGACUCUUUUCUGGAUGGACACUGUAAACACUCAGCAGGACAGACAAGCUCAGAAAGAAGGCAGAUAAGCAAAUGGAUAAGAGAGAAUGGAUAAGUGGAAACUGUUAUUGUCAAAGUAAGUACACUUUUGGUCAUUUUGUCAGAUGUUCAUGAUCAAAUGAAACAUUUUCUAUGUACCAUAUACUGUUUGCUUCUGAAAAAAAAUUGAUAUCACAUCUUAUUGUGUUCUAGUAAUGUGCAUGCUAGUUCAGUUUUAUAUCCAGUUUAAAUUGAUUUUCUUUUGGUAAAGUGAUAAUAGCUGGUGACGUGGGCCCCCUUUAUAUUGAGGAUAUUACAUCACUGCUUGGUAAGAUGUCACAUGACCAUCCUACCCAACUUUACAGUGUGGUUAGUAUCUCCCAUAAUUCUAGUUGUCCUCUUUAGUUGGCGCGAUACGUUAGAAUCUCACGCAACUUUAACUGUCCCCAGUAAUUGUUACAUUAGUAUCUCCUGUAACUUGUUUUGUUCUUGUAUUUCGUUUGUUACGUGUGUAUUCUUGCUCACCUUUAUCUCGCGCGAAUUUACUUGAUCUCUCAUUUGGAUAGUUCGUAAGUAUCUCGCGAAACUUCAGCUGUUCCCUCAUUUCAAUUGUUACAUUUGUAUCUCGUGCAACUUAAGCUGUCUUCUUAUUUGGAUCGUUAUGUUUGUAUCUCGCGCAACUUUAGUUGUUUUCCUAUUUGGAUAGUUACGUUAUCUCGCGCAAUUUUAGCUGUCUUAUUUCGAUCGUUACGUUUGUACCUUGCGCAAUUUUACCUCUCUUAUUUCAUUCGUUACGUUUAUAUCGCGCAAUUUUAUCUGUUUUUUUUAUUUGGAUUGCUAUGUUUGUAUCUCGGGCAGCUACAGCUGUCCUCUUAUUUGGAUUGUUACGUUUGUAUCUCGGGCAACUACAGCUGUCCUCUUGUUUGGAUUGUUACGUUUGUAUCUCGCGCAACUACAGCUGUCCUCUUGUUUGGAUUGUUACGUUUGUAUCUCGCGCAACUCAAGCUGUCUUCUUAUUUGGAUUGUUACGUUUGUAUGUUGCACAACUCUAUCUCGCGCAACGAAAUCCUGUUUCUUAUUUAGAUCGUUACGUUUCUAUCUCUUGCUAUUUCAGCUGUUUUCUUACUUGGUUUGUUACGUUUGUCUCUCGGCAACUUAAGCUGUCUUCUUAUAUGGAUUGUUACGUUUGUAUCUCCCGCAACUUUUGCUAUUUUCUUAUUUGGAUCGAUACGUUUUUAUCUUUCACAACUCUAGCUGUUUUCUUAUUUGCAUUGUUACGUUCGUAUCUCGCGCAACGAAAGUCUGCUUCUUAUUUCGAUCGUUACGUUUCUAUCUCUUGCUAUUUUAGCUGUUUUCUUAUUUGGAUUGUUACGUUUGUAUCUUGCGCAAUUUUAGCUGUUUUCUUAUUUGGAUUGUUACGUUUGUAUCUUGCGCAAUUUUAGCUGUUUUCUUAUUUGGAUUGUUACGUUUGUAUCUUGCGCAAUUUUAGCUGUUUUCUUAUUUGGAUUGUUACGUUUGUAUCUCGCGCAAUUUUAGCUGUUUUCUUAUUUUGCGCAAUUUAGCUGUUUUCUUAUUUGGAUUGUUACGUUUGUAUCUUGCGCAAUUUUAGCUGUUUUCUUAUUUGGAUUGUUACGUUUGUAUCUUCGUGCAAUUUUAGCUGUUUUCUUAUUUGGAUUGUUACGUUUGUAUCUCGCGCAAUUUAAGCUGUUUUCUUAUUUGGAUUGUUACGUUUGUAUCUUGCGCAAUUUAAGCUGUUUUCUUAUUUGGAUUGUUACGUUUGUAUCUUGCGCAAUUUAAGCUGUUUUCUUAUUUGGAAUGUUACGUUUGUAUCUUGCACAAUUUAAGCUGUUUUCUUAUUUGGAAUGUUACGUUUGUAUCUUUGCAAUUUAAGCUGUUUUCUUAUUUGGAUUGUUACGUUUGUAUCUUGCGCAAUUUAAGCUGUUUUCUUAUUUGGAUUGUUACGUUUGUAUCUCUCGCAAUUUAAGCUGUUUUCUUAUUUGGAUUGUUACGUUUGUAUCGCAAUUUUAGCUGUCUUCUUAUUUGGAUUGUUGUUUGUAUCUCGCGCAAUUUUGUGUUCUUGCACAAUUUAAAUGUAAUUUAAGCUGUUUUCUUAUUUUUUAGUUUUCUCUUACGUUUGUAUCUUGCACAAUUUUAGCUGCUGUAUUUUGUUAGCUGUCUUCUUUUUGUUUUCUUAUUUGGAUAGUUACGUUUGUAUUUCGCACAUCUUUAGCUGUUUUCCUGUUUGGAUUGUAACGUUUGUAUCUCGCGCUAUUUUAGUUGUUUUCUAUUUGGAUUGUUACGUAAGUAUCUUGCGCAAUUUUAGCUGUUGUUACGUUUGUAUCUCGCAUAACUUAUGCUGUCUUAUUUGGAUUCUUACGUUUGUUUCUCGCGCCGCUUUAGGUGUUUUUUUAAUUGGAUUGUUACAUUUGUCUCUCGCGCAGCUUUAGCUGUCUUCUUAUUUGGAUUGUAACGUUUGUAUUUCGCACAAUUAUUAUUAUUAUUAUUUAGCUGUUUUGUUAUCUGGAUUGUUACGUUUGUGUCUCAGGCAUUUAGAUGUCUUAUUUGGAUUGUAACGUUUGUAUCUCGCGCAAUUAUUAUUUAGGUCAUUACGUUUGUAUCUUGCGCAAUAUUACCUGAUUCCUUUUUUGGAUUGUUACGUAAGUAUCUUGAUCAAUUUUAAGCUGUUGUUACGUUUGUAUCCCGCGGAACUUAUGAGCUGUCAUCUUAUCUGGAUUGUUACGUUUGCUUCUCGCGCAGCUUGAGCUGUUUUCUUAUCUGGAUUGUUACGUUUGUAUCUUGCGAAACUUUAGAUGUCUUCUUAUUUGGAUUGUAACGUUUGUAUUUCGCGCAAUUAUUAUUUAGAUCAUUACGUUUGUAUCUUGCGCAAUAUUAUCUGAUUCCUUUUUUGGAUUGUUACGUAAGUAUCUUGCGCAAUUUUAGCUGUUGUUACGUUUGUAUCCCGCGGAACUUAUGAGCUGUCAUCUUAUCUGGAUUGUUACGUUUGCUUCUCGCGCAGCUUGAGCUGUUUUCUUAUCUGGAUUGUUACGUUUGUAUCUUGCGAAACUUUAGAUGUCUUCUUAUUUGGAUUGUAACGUUUGUAUUUCGCGCAAUUAUUAUUUAGAUCAUUACGUUUGUAUCUCGCGCAAAUUUAGCCGUCGUCUUAUUUGGAUUGUAGCCUUUGUAUCUUGCGCAAUUUUAGCUUUUUAGUAUCUCUUGUAAGUUGUCUUAUUUGCAUUGUUACGUUUGUAUCUCGCGCAAUUUAAGCUCUCUUCUUACCUUAGCUGUCUUCUUAGUUAGAUUGUAACGUUAGUAUCUUGCCCAAAUUUAGCUGUCUUUUUAUAUGGAUUGUUAAGUAUGUAUCUCGCACAACUUAAGCUGUCUUUUUCUUUCGAUCGUUAUGUUUGCAUCUCGCGCAAUUUGACAUUUUCUCUUAUUUGGAUUGUUACGUUAGUUUAUCGCGCAACUAUAGCUGUUCUCAAGUCUCAUUUUGAUUGUUACGUUAAUAUCUCGCGCAAUUUUAGCUCUUCACUUUUUUCGAUUGUUACUUUAGUAUCUCGUGUAACUCAAGCUGUCCUUUUUGUUGGUAUUUUUCUUGGUCUUAGGCUUACUGUGUUUCUGUGGGAUUUUUCUUUUCAGGAAGUCAAAGUGAUUUUGAGUGAGUUGCUGAGGAUGUGUCAGACUUACUCCAGAGCUCUUCUUUAUCUACUUUCUUUAUCCCAAGUUUUUCCAGUGAAACUGUGAGUUACUUUCCUGUUUUUUUUUUCUUGAUAGUUUGACACCCAAAAAGUAACAACCAGUUUUCUUCAUCAGUUAGUCUGUCAUACGAGUGAAGAUGCAAAGUCAGCUCGGUGAGAAAGCUACCGGAGACCUCUUGCUUCUCUCCCCAGUGUUCCAAGGCUAUAACCUUCGGGGCUGAUUCGUUUAAAGGGCAGAUAACUGUGUUGAUCGUGCAAAUCGUCAUCCUCCGGAUAAGUGUGAACAGAACGUACUGCCGCAUUAUCCACCGUGUAGCGAUUUUUCCAACCGGGGCCAGGCCUUGAAACUGAGACUUUAGCUUAAUACUAAAUAGAUUACCGCGCGGAGAGAUCGAAAAAAUAUGGCGAAAUUAAACCAGCUAACAAAGUUGUUCUCGACAUAAACGUCUGAAAUAGUAUUACUGAGUGAAAUUUUGUUCCUCCAAGAAUUUUCAGCCAUCUCCUCUUCCUUCCUCUUAUUCCUCUUCUCAAUUUCUCUUUCAUUUCUCAGUAUUUUUUUAAAUAUCCUUAAUUCGCAGAUUAUUCCCUACUUGUUGUACUAACACAGAAAAAAAUUUCCAAAGGCACUGAUGUAUUAUGGUCUUUGGUAAAGCUUGUUAUUUUAAUAUUCAUAACUUGCAGAUCUAUCUCUCACAUUCCAACAAUCACGUGUACUUUCGGUCGAGGAUGAAAUGGCUAACGAUGCGAAAUCUCUGCGUAAUUUUGCUGUGAGGAAAACAACUAUUGACAAUUUUUCGUCCAAACUCAUCUUUGGUCAUGACAUGGUACGUUUUCUUCAACUUGGGCAGAAUAAGCGCCGUGGUAGAACAGGACGAAAGACAAAAGGAAGCACGCUCAACUUCCAACUGUUACCUUUGUUGGAGACCUCUUCUAGAAAGGUAUUUUAAAAUGACUAGCUUAUGCAUUGAUAUUUUAUCUUAGUUACCCACUUCAAAAACGUAUUUUUAAUAUUUAAUGAUUUGUGCCUUUAAGUUUUCCACGUUAAAGAAGGUUUCGAAUUCUUUAAUUUUAUGCACAAAAGCGCCAUUGAUAUGGUAUAAUUUAUUCUAGCUUCAGAAGCGAUUUCUCAAGGAUCUCGACCUUUGCACUUUCAUGAUUCCGCCUUAGUUUGUGAAGAAGUUAUACUGAUCUAAGAACAUGGUUUUAUUGUUUUUCACGCUUUCAUGUUUAGGGGAUAUUCAAUUUUCUUGCUGCUUACCAUGAAAUUUGUUUUAAUUUCACUGAAUUUUUGGAAAACGUUUGGUUGUGUUUAUUGUAUAUUUUUGAACCAAAAAAAAAAACUUUGAUGAUUUUGUAUCUCAUGAGGCCAAAAUGUCCCGCUAAAAUUCCAUAACGCCUACUACAUUUGGCACCAUUUAAUUUGCAUUUGGGUUCACACGCGGAUCGUCCAUCUUCUAUGAACUGUAAGAUCCCUUUACAAAAAUUCGCGUCCAUUUUGGCUCCAAACUUUGUACCUUUUCAGGUUAUUCUUAGACAACCAAAAAUUGCGAAAGUACUGAGGCUGAAAAAGAAAAUCGAGUUAAAUUUCAUGUCGUGAAGAAUAAAAAACCGAUAACCAAAUAAACAACGCUGCUACGGUUAUGAUGAUGUCACGUCAGAAUUCUUGUUUUCCCUUGGGUGUUUCUUGUAGUACAAAGAAAUGUCGAGAUCCUUCUAGAAAGAAAAUAAUUACUCUACCAAGCGUGCGGCAAUUUGCAAAAGAAGGUUAAAUAAAAUUGUGUUUGAAAAGAGUUCAACGUGUCUGUUAAUGUCAGGAAAGUAAUGUAACUAGACAACGUAUUGCAUGUUAUUUACGGCUCACUACCGGUAGUUUACCUGCUAUUGUUGGCGACUGGUUGCGAGAAAAUUUAAGUGAUGAUAAAUAUUACAAGUGGUAAUUAAUCAAUUGGGUUGAAUGGAAGCUUAAGCGGGAAGAUGUAUUUUUGUAAUAUAGCUUUAUUGUGUAAGUUGUUAUGGAAAAUGUAUUUGUUAAUUCUUUUGUUUAUGUGCUCUUGCAGCUUAUUGAAUGGCGGAUAACUGAAGUCACAAUCAGUUAUCAAUACUUCAGGAUAAAGGUCCUGCAGCCCAAAGACAAGUUCAAUGCAGAGGUAGAAAAUAAAUUUUAACAGAACUCAAUUGCGUCAAGAUUGAUUAUUUGAUUUUGGGAAGAUUUAGUUUUCUUAUCGACCUAAAACAUCUUUUCUGCUUGUUAGCAUCAGGUGUUUCGAAUUCAAGACAAGAUUUGCUUAGUAACUGCCCUCGAUUUUUUUUUUCAUUUAAGAAUUCAGAUGACAUC